AUGAGUUUGGGUGAUCGGAAUCAGCUCGGAACUGCAGCGGAACCAGACCGCUGUACGCCCUUUGACAAGGGCGGUUAUCGAGAAAAGGGAUUGCAAUUCCUCUUCCUCUUCCUCUUCCUCUUCCGAUUCCAAACCCUUCAUCCUCCCUCAAUUGCCCCGGCCCUUUUUGUCGCCUGUUCGUUUGCUCCUGGAUUGCAAUAUAUAGAUACUGCAAUUGCUGCGACAGCAUAUAUAACAGCGCCUGUCGCUCCUCCUACCUGCCUCCUGCCCGCCUUCCCCGCCACAGGUCAUUUCGGAACGCUUCCGAGCCUGCGUCUCAACUUCACAAUGGACGGCGACCAAUUCAGGACAGCAGCACAUGCCACAAUCGACGACAUAAUCGGCCACUUCGACAACGUGCACACGCAGCGCGUCCUCCCCACCGUCGAACCGGGCUACCUGCGGCCCCAAAUCCCCUCCGCGCCGCCCUCCGACCCCGAAGAAUGGGCCACCAUUCAAGCAGACGUCGACUCCAAAAUAAAACCAGGCCUUACGCAAUGGCAAUCCCCCAACUUCAUGGCCUUCUUCCCAGCCACCGUCUCGUACCCCAGUAUCCUGGGAGAGAUGUACUCGGCCGCAUUCAAUGCCCCGGCGUUUAACUGGCUGUGCUCGCCGGCCUGCACGGAGCUGGAGACGAUUAUGAUGGAUUGGGUGGCGCAGGCGCUGGGCUUGCCUAAGUGCUUUCUGAGCGCGUCGGAGAAUAAGGGUGGUGGUGUUAUCCAGAUGAGUGCGAGUGAUGCCGUUGCGACGGUUAUGAUUGCCGCCAGGGAACGGAGUGUGCUGCAGCAGGCGAAGAGCGAGGGGCUGAAGGAGGGUACGAUGGAGUAUGAGGACCGGGUGAUGGAGUUGAGGCCGAGAUUGGUCGCGCUCAGCAGUUCCCAGGCUCAUAGUAGCACUGCGAAGGCGGCGUUGCUGGCGGGUACGCGGUACAGGAGCAUCGGUGUGAGCCUGGAUAAUGAUAUGGCGUUGACGGGCGCGGAUCUGCGUGGGAUGCUGGAGAAGCUGGAUGCGGAUAACCUGACCCCGUACUUUAUUACGCUGUGCUUUGGGUCGACGAAUUCUUGUGCGGUGGAUCGCUUUGCGGAGAUUCUGGCUGUGCUUAGGGAGAAGCCGCACUGGCAGCGCAUUUGGGUGCAUAUCGAUGCUGCUUAUGCUGGCUCGGCGCUGAUUGCGGAUGAGUGGCAGUACAUUGCAAAGGACUUUGAGGAGGGCGUUGACAGCUUCAACAUGAACAUGCACAAGUGGCUGCUUGUCAAUUUCGAUGCGAGUCCCCUUUAUGUUCGCAACCGCCACGAUCUGACCGACUUCCUCGACAUCACCCCAGCUUACCUGCGUAACCCUUUUUCGGAAUCCGGGCAGGUAAUCGACUACCGCAACUGGUCCAUCCCGCUUGGCCGGCGAUUUCGCGCUUUGAAGAUCUGGUUCGUUAUCCGCAGUUACGGUCUAAACGGACUGAAGGAGUAUGUCCGGAAGGGGAUCACGCUUGGAAAUAUCUUCUCGGACCUGCUGCGUAGUCGCUCCGACCUUUUUGAGAUCAUCACCAAGCCCGUCUUCGGCUUGACAGUGUUCCGGGUGAAGGCGCCGAAGCAGGCCAAUUCGAAUGGUGCGGUGGUCAAUGGGUCAACUGUGGCUAAGCCGGAUGAGAAGUCCGAUGCUGUGACCAAGGAGGUGUAUGAGCUUGUGAACGCACGAGGGGAAAUCUUCAUUACUUCGACGGUUAUGGCUGGAAUCUAUGCUAUUCGUGUUGUGAGUGCCAACGAGCGCGCCGACGAGAAGUAUAUCCGCCGGGCGUUUGAUAUUCUCGUCAACACCGCCGAGGAAGCCCUUCAAAAGACGCAAUAG